CCUUGGCUAGAGAAGCUCAUUUUGGUUACUGGUAUCUCUGCCCUCAGCAUCAUCAGCUGGUUCGUGCGGUCCUUCAAGUACGUGUAUGGCCUUCGCUUUGAGGUCAGAGGCCAGAAGAAACUGGAGGUGGAUGGUCCCUGUGUCAUCAUUUCUAAUCACCAGAGUAUCCUAGACAUGAUGGGUCUCAUGGAGAUACUCCCUAAGCGCUGUGUGCAGAUCGCCAAGCGUGAGCUGUUGUUCACGGGGCCUGUGGGCCUCAUCAUGUACCUCGGGGGUGUCUACUUCAUCAACCGCCAGCGCGCCAGAACUGCCAUGACCCUGAUGGCCGACCUGGGUGACCUCAUGGUCAAGGAAAAUGUAAGU